AACACCAUCUUCGCAUUAUCACAUCUAUGUCACGAAUGUGAAAUAAACAACAAAGAUUACAAAGUUAACGAAAAACGACGGAUAUUCAUUAACACUGCCACACGUUCCGCUUUUCGUUAUCUGUUUUUUCGUAAAUGAUGAUUUAUUUCUCUUUGAUUUCUGUGAUUUUUGCAAUCUAUCUUAACUCAGCUGAAGCAGGGAAAGAGCAUAUUGCCGGAGCCUGCCAUGACCCUUUCUUCCUAGGAGAUACCCCUUGUGACAAACAGUGGUCAAUAAGAUACUACAUGGACGUUCCCACCGAGACAUGUCUCGCAUUCAACUACACAGGCUGUGGCCACAAUUGGAAUAAUUUUGCCACGUCACAAGCAUGUUAUGAAGAGUGUCUGCCUUUGGAUCAUCACAAAUGUCCAGCGGCUAGCAAAAUUCAUAAAACAACCAAAGGGAAGACUGUCUGCAACGAUGACUGUGAUUGUGAUGCGGGAAAUUAUUGUAAUAUUGGACAAGCUUAUGGGCAUUGUUGCGAGAAAGAGUUUAAAGACAAAGUUGACAACGACUACAAUCCCCCGUGCCCAAUAGGACAGACAAUUGUACGGGAGAAAAUCCACGGAAUCACCGUUCAACUUCUUGGAAAACGAUGUCUUCAUAAUUUCUGUCCAUUUGGAAGUACAUGCUUUGAUGGAAACUUUUUUGCGGCUUGUUGCAACUAAAUUUUCUAUUCGGUUGGACAGUUCACAGCUUUUUUUGUUCAGAGAAAUAAAAUAUUUAAUGGUUUGC